GGGCUGGGACGGGUGGUGACGGGUAGCGACGGUCGGUUCGGACCCUAACGAAAAUAUUUCCAGCGCGAACACUUUCAAUCCGCUGGAGAAACUCGACCGCAAAGGUUUUCCGCUGCGUGAGCUGAACGAGAGCGUUUGUGUUGCGUGCCCGUGCGCCCGUGUGCGUACCACGAAGAAGAAGCAGAAGAAAACAACCCCACAUCCACACACACACACGCACGAGAAGGGGCUGCUGGUGGAGCGAGUGAGCUGCACGAGCCAGUGACUCGGAAAGUACACGUGCAAAGUGAGACGAAAUAGUAAAUGCAAUUAGCAAAUAAAAUAAUUGUACUAAACAAGUGAACAAUAUCGAUCGGUGUGCACGCUCCUGUGUUGUGUUGUUUUGCUUGUCGGCUGGUUUUGUUGAUGGUGUCGGAGUUUGGCCUCACUAAAUUGGUGUACCAACUGUAAAGUUGACCAGAAAACACAAAUACGAAACAAAAGGCAAGGGCUAACGUCGAGCCCAACAACAGUGAAACAGUGAUCUUACCCGCUAACCUCACAGUGAAUGCGAGUUUUUUGUAUUAAAAAGUGUGUUAUCCUGCAAAGAAAAAUGUAAAUCCAAAACGAAACCAAAUACAGCAAAGCAGAAAAAGCAAAGAGCAAAAUCAAACGAAACGACCUUAGAACGAACAACAAAACAAGCUACUGCGGAACGGUUCUCCAGCAAAGUCUAUCCGCCCGUAAGUACACCACAUGCUGUGUGCCUUAAUUUUUUUUGUAACAUUCCUGACGAUUUGUGACGCGUGUUUGCGUGGUGUGCGUCUGUGUUGGUGCGUGUUUUUUUUUUUGUCUAGCUGUAAAGCUGUGUGUGAAUGUGUGUGAUCGCGCGUGCGUGCAUCUACAACAGCCCUUCUGCUCGGCAAGGGCUCUGAUUUCGGUGUUCCGACCCAUUCGGGUGCAUUCUUUCUAAGCGAAACAUCGAAGCAAAAAACAACAACAACAACAGUCUGCAGUUGCAGCAAGUGCUGCCGGUUACGGAUCACGAUUGAUCUCGAGUGCGAGUGAGUGUGUGCGGAAGCAGAUCAGAGGAAAAGGCAUUAACAGCAGCAGCAGUGUGGUUGAAAAUUUCCUUCGCUGCUGCACAUUUUGUUCGCGUCUCCCAUCUGGUCCCUGGCAGUGCGCUUUGAACCACGGGGCAGAAGAGCAGCAAAGAAACCCGAAGCAAGUGAGGUGGUUCAACAAGGCAAGAAACAACCCCCGAGCUGGAAAGGUGUGCACAAGAAAAAUCGGAGCGCAGUAUUAAAUCAACCGGGCCCGGAGCUCGGUACGUGCGUGUGUUUCUGUUCUGUUCUGGGAGCUCGCUGAAGAAGUGCAAAGCAAAAGUUGCAACAACAAAAAAAACCCACAAUCCCACUAUCAAUCGAGGAAAGCGAGGAGUUGGCAGAAUAUUCGCUAGUUCGUAUUCGAUAGCAGUUUUGUUUGCGUGAUUGUGAAUUUUUGUUGAUCGGUGCUGGUGACCGGUAGUGUGCCUUAAUACCAAAAAAAAAACCGGUAAGAGGGAAGAUAUCCGACAGUGCAACAAGUGUCCGUAUGUCCCGGUGGUGUGUCAUAAUAUCGUAAUCGGAUAUCGCGAUCCGCAAGUCAGUGUGAAGCAAUCUAGUGUGAGCAGUACAGAAAUUAAGUUACGCGUAGGGGAAAAAAGAGUUGUGGCAUUGUGGUGUUGGCUUGUGUCGUGUUUGCCAGUUUCCCUGAACCUGAACCGAGGAAACCUUAAGGGCAAGCGGGCUUGCCGUGGAUCGAAUCACUGAGAGCUGGUGAUAUUGGCCUGCCGUUGUAACGCAACACAACGCAGAACGCAAACAUCCUUCAAUCGAUUCAAAGCGUUGUCCACGUGUCCGACUCCGAGAUUGUUUCCUUCCACGAGUGUCAUCUUUAUCCAGCAUCAAUGGAAAUAUUUCGUAAAGGUUACUGCAGAUGGUAACGAUGCAGCAUGCGAGCUUUUUGUACCGUCAGCGCACCCUUAGAGGUUUGCGCACCACCUUCCCGACCUCUGCCUCCGGGUACCAGAUUUCUAGCUUUAAAAUUAUUGGGAACGCCGCAGCCACGCACACUCUACUUCCUAGUCGAAGCAAAAAGUCGCGUACGCGAAGUAUACGCACAAACAUGCCAUCACUUCUCGAAGCAAGGCAUGCUGGACACGGAGCUGUUUGGGCUGGCCGUACUAAUAGAUGGCGAGUACCUUUUCGCCGAUCCCGAGAGCAAACUGUCCAAGUACGGACCAAAAAGCUGGCGUUCCUCGCACACUCAUGGCCUGGACGCCAACGGGAAACCUCUCCUGGAGCUACACUUCCGCGUGCAGUUCUACAUCGAGAGUCCGCUCAUGCUGCGAGAUGAAGUCUCGCGGCACAACUACUAUCUGCAGCUGAAGUACAACGCAGUCAACCGGGACCUGCCGAAGGAGUGCUCUGAGCAGAGUUUGCUGCUGCUCGGUGGACUCUCCUUGCAGGCGGAUCUCGGUGACAGCGUGCCGGAGGAUGCCGGAACAUCAUUACCCGCCACACCGUCGGUGACCACAGCUUCUACAUCCAUUGCCACGGUACCUGGCACCUCAACCACCAGCGCCGGACCGAACAUGGGUGUUGUUAAUGUAACCGCGAUCAACUCGGGCAGUAUUGCUGGUAACAGCGGUAGUGGUAGCAGCACAAGCAGUAGCAGUAAUAGCAGUACCACCAGCAAAAGCAGUGCCACUAGCAGCAACUCCAGUACCACGUCCGCCUCUUCGCCCAACCCGUCGGGUGGAUCUUCAUCAGCAUCGUCCACGUCGACGGCACCAUCAUCCUCAACCACUGCUGGCGGUUCACUGUUGAGCGCUUCCGCCAUUGGACAAUCCUCCACAACAAACGAGGGCGGAAGUAACGUGGGCUGCGGUAACAAUAGUGGAAGUGUGUCUCCUUCGGUGGAGUACUUCCGCCCGGACGAGUACCUCAACCCGGCACUUCGAUCAGCCUGGGGUAUCUCCGCCGUCACCACGUGCCACCGGGAGAACCGUGGCCUUUCGCGAGCCGAUGCCGAAACGCACUACAUCCGCGAGGCGUGCAACCUGAACGAAGCCAUCAACGCGCAUAUCUUCCGGAUGAAGCAGUCCAAGAACGAAACCGGCCUCGGUACGGUCGCGCUGAGCAUCUACGCAAAGGGUAUCCGAAUUGCGACGGAUGGCAGCUCAACGCCGACCACGUUUCACUGGCCGCACAUCGGCAAGCUAAGCUUCGAUCGGAAAAAGUUCGAGAUCCGGUCGGGUGACAGCAAGAUCACGCUCUACUCCACCAACGAUGACAAGAACAAGAUGAUCCUGGCGCUUUGUCGUGAGACGCAUCAGUUCUCGAUGAAGAUCGCACCGCGCCUGACCGAGGCGAUCAAGCGCGAGGAGGAGGAGAGCAGCUGCAUCCACGGCUAUCCGUAUUUGUACUCGCGUGCCUUGAACCUGCCGUACAAGAGUAAAAGCGAUCAGCGCAUCUCGGUGAUAUCCAGUACCAGCUCCAAUACCACCUCGGGCAUCGUGAGUGACCGUGUACACUCGGAGGACGAGCUGGAGAUCAUGAUCAACACACCGCCGACGGCCACGCUCGCUGCGCCUUCUACGGAAAGCCUCGCCCUGGCGCAUCUCCUUGACUGUCCGAGCGUGUCGCGCCAGACGUCGUCGGUUGGGCAGGUAUCGUUGAAGGAUCUGGAAGGUACCUUCGCGGCGCUUUCGGUAGGACGAACAGCUAAUCUGAACGCUUCCAACUCGAUCAUCACGAGCAAUAGCAACAGCGCGAGUAGUGACAAUGGUAGCGUGGAAGGAAAACCUGAACGGCCCAGCAAGGAUUGCGAUUCAUCACCGUCCUCGCAGCAUAACAUCGGUUCGCAGUGCUCGUCGACCUGCAGCACGGUAGUGGUGGCCACGGAUUGUCUCAGCCUACCGCAAAGCUCGACAGCAACGAGCACGACUACGAUCAGCAAUGGUGGUGGAGCAGGAACGAUGGUACAAGCGACAAUUAGUCCCGAUCGCAGACAGACGUCCACCUGUAGCAGCUUGGUGUUGGGAUUUAGUCACACGGCACAGAACAGUACGCUGAGUGUCGCUACCAGCACCUGUCUGGAUCAUGACAUCAACGAGGAGGAGGAGGAGACGCACUCGGGUGUUUACACGAUUGCGCACGUUCCUCCGACCGAAACGAGCGGUGUGUACACAAUGAACAGCAGCGAGCUUACCGGACAGUCAUCAGAGAUUGCCGAGUCCGAGUCGCACGAAAGUUCACACUACGGUAGCUUCCAACCGUGUCGGAGUGAGAUGGCGGAUCCGCUGGAACCGGUCGAUUCGGUCGAUGGCGAUUACCACCGACCACGGCUUGACAGUGGACUGAACAGCGAGUUCCGGAUGCGCUCGGACUCGAACGUUAGUGCGGCAGGUUCGUUCCGAGGCGACGGUAGCGAUCCAACGGACAACAAGCAUUCACUGCUGAGUGCCGAGGAGUUGACCGAUUUGAUCGUGGGACGCGGAACGUAUCCUUCCCGCAAAACCGUUAGCCACACGCUCGAUUCCGACUGCGACUACGUGACGUUGCCACUUCCUCUCGAGGGAGAAAGUUACCUACAGGGCAGCGAGGACACGGCUCCCACCGAGGACGAGUACGACGAUGAAGUGCUACCGCCGGCUCCGCCCAAGCGCAUCGAUAGCAACAUGGCAGCGGCAGCCGUCCCAACGAGACCCACUCAACUGCUGCAGCAGGUAGAUCCGGCCGGUGGGGCACCUCCACCACCUCCACCGUACAAUGCGCAUCACGAAACGACGGGACUGCGAGGACCAGAUAUUCGGGCACACACCGUCCCGGAUCCGGAAGCACCGGCAAUCCCAUUACGUGACCCACCGCCCUACCCACAGAAACCGAUGGCAAUGCGCAAAAGUCCGGUACUGCCACCGACCCUGCCCGUUGCGCCCGUCCUAACGGCCGCUCCCGUUUCGGAGGAAGUACCGGCAAGGUUCAUCACUACCCGGCCACAGAUCAACAUUCUCAAAGCGCACGCCAGCGUCGUGGGAGAAACUCCCAAGCCCAGCUUUGCCGCCCCGACCGUCAACAAUAUUGGCAAUCUCUCGCAGGCAACACCGCCGCCACCUCCACCCCCGGUACCAUCGAGUGCAGUCGGCAUGCCGGCGUACAAUUUGCAUCCUAAUCACAAAGCCAUAACCUCGCCACCGCCACCGUAUCCGGAGAUGCCGAAACCGCCGCAACAUCGCACCACCGCCUGCGUACUGCUGCCGGUCAUCAAGCCCCGCCAGUACCAUCCACCUCCCCCACCGACAAUCCCAAGACAACCGCCACCUCCUCCGCCACCGCAUCCGCUGGCUACGGUGUACACUAGCCAGCUGCCACGCUCGCAGAUUGAACUGUACCAGCAGCAGCUGUACAGUGACGUAGACUACGUGAUCUACCCGAUCCAGGAUCCGUCGAUUAGCCAGCAGGAGUACUUGGACGCGAAGCAGGGUUCCAUCCUAGCGGCCAUGGCACAGAGUCCACCACCACCGCCCUACCUCGCUUAUCACACCGUGCGGGCACACAACCGUAGCUGGGAUGCGUGCAAAAACCAUGCCAUCUACCGCAGUACACCCUACCUGUCGAUGGCGCUCUCGUCCAACUCACGGUACGCUUCGACCCAGAACCUCUCCGAUACGUACGUUCAGCUGCCGGGUGCCUACUCGCCCCUGUACAGUCCAUCCGUGGCAAGUCUCUGCUCCUCGUACGAACCUCCUCCACCACCUCCGCUACGUCCUCGCCCACCGAUGGUUUCCUCCAAGGCGACCACAUCCUCGAUGCAAUCGCACGGAGCCGGCGGUGGCCAUAUGUCGAUGGCAUCUUCCGGCCCAUCACCGGCGCUCUUUGCUCGGUCCCGUUCGGACGAUAACAUCCUCAACUCGGUCGAAAACACACCGAAGAUCCGACGCCAUCCUCCGCCACCUCCUCCACCGCCAUACGAAAGCAAGAAAGCCAUCCGCAAGCCACCGCUUCCGCUUCCGACACCACCACCACCGAUGGAGAAGCUCAUCCAGAAACCACCGGUUGCCAUUCCAUCGCCCGCCCAGCAACCGCUCGUAGCGUUCAAUCCGGAACGACCUCCGGAAGUCCCAGCCAAACCGACACCACCGAAACCGAGCGGUCCAAGCGCAAAGCUGCAAGCUCAGAUCAAGAAGCAGUACCCGGACUUUGACAUGAGCACGGUGGCUUCGCUUGCCGACCCAUCGGCGAACGAUCACACCUCGAUCGACAUUAAAACGCUGCGGGAAAAGAGCAAAAAUCUCGAUCUGCCGCUCAUUUCCGCGCUCAUGCACGAUCGCUCGCUGCUGCGGCAGACGCGUGCUUUCGUCAUGCCAAAGCACCCGAAAUCGAACGGAUCGAAUGGUUUGCAGAAAGGUUCCAGUACCGGGCCGACACCCGGAACACCAACGAUCAACGGCGAAUCUCCGACUGGCAAUGGUGGGUCGCCGCCCGGUAGUAACCCAUCGCCCAAAUCCAAGUAUCCCGUGUCCGGAUUGUCUACCACACAGCUGGCUAAGCCCCGCAAAACGUCGGCCAGCCAUCGGCAUCCGAACGACAAGCUACCGCCGCUACCGGGUCAAACGGGCCCCGGACAGACGGGCCCAACGGCGGAGGGCAACAACUAUGUUAUGGAUCCAACGCCGACUCCGAUCAAGCAGAAAAGCUUCAGCUCCUCCCAACCCAGUGCCUGAUGAGGAGCGGGCAAGCGUUCGAAACACAUUUUUCCCACCGAGAACCAUUUACUUCUCCAACCCCGCUCCCCAGCGCCUACUCAUAUUCCCGCCCCUUUUCUGCGGCAUACCUUCAUCCCGUCAGAUGCAGUAUUGGUAGUAUAUUUAUUCGUUCGCCAUCACUAUUUACCAACCACCGACUACGUUCGUGCCUCCGGUUCGCUUUCUUUCGCUGUGCAGUACUGUGGAGUGACAACCGGUCCGUGGAUGAUAUUAAGCUAGACUACGAAAAACCAUGAUCGGCUGUAGAUAGCAAGGAAGAGAGCGUUUGGAAGGGAAGGAAGAAAAACGAAACCUACAAUGAAAAACAACCAACAACUGGUUCUGGUUGUGGUGACCGUGAAUGGGUGUAAUGUUCGGAAAAUUACUCAGGAUUAUUAAUCUCGUUUUCUUCGUUUAGUAGUUUUUUUUGUGUGUGUUUGUUUAUUCGCAUGUGAGUGAGUGUGUAUGCGGGAGAGGAUGGAAGCACGUCCGUUUCGCACUUUGUUUUUAUAAAACUUUUAGCGGUAGUAUUUUAACUAUGUGUACUGUAAAUAGUGGUACAGGCAGAUGCUGUACUGUGGAGCCUUAUAGAAAGCAGGAGAACCAGAUGAAGAAAAAAAAUGGAAAGGAAGACACAUCUGUUCUGUAUGUGUUUUUUGAGUGUAGAACAGGGUUACAAAUAUAGUUAGAAAGGUGCCAAGGUUCGGAUCGAACGGAAUACGUUGCCAGGAAAAUGGAAGAAAAUCCAAAUAAUGUUAUCGCAUACGCGACCGCGCGCGAGGUUAUUACGGUUGACAGUAGGGAAGCGCAAUAAGCAAAAAGGCAGUCUCUUAAGCACUAACUUUUACGGAGAACAAGACUAAUUUAGAGCGUAGAAAAAAGCGGACUGAUCUUGCUAUCUAUCGGAUGUAAAAAAAAAAAAACAAGAAUGGAAAUAUGAAUCGUAAAACCGUGAUCAGAAAGGGAAAAUCAGUAAAACAUACAAAUUUAAAUUCAUUUUCUUGAGCGAAAUUUGUUUUUCUUUUUGUUAAAAAAAUUACCGCUAAUUUCAAAUUGCUUUGGUAUUGGUUAAUGAAAACAACAACAACAAAAACACUACAAAAGAGAAUACAGAUGCUUUUAUCUUACGCAUUAGACAUUUAGGAGGAUGUUUUGCUCAGAAAAAAAGGAACAGCAGUUAGGUUUGGAAUGGGAAUAGUAAAGCAAAAAAAAAACAAUACAACAACUGUAAAAAUAGGUUUGAAAAUUUAGUUACGUUUUUGGACUACGGGAAACACAUAACAAUCGAAAACGAUUCCGGCAGAAAGCGGUCGAUUGCGCAAGAAACGGUCGAGCACGCACGGUUCGAUCGUGCGAACUGUUAAGUGACUAGGCGGUACUACUGAUAGGUUUUAAUAGCUAUUUAAUCGCGGGUUUUUGUCUCUUUCCGUAAGCACCACGCGGAAACAGGACCCUAGUAGGAUUGGGAACCCACAUCCCACCACCCCCACAGGAGGUGCAGGUUUUAGGCUUAAGGCAAAGCAAACGGGCAACUCUCUCUUACCGGUUCGGUUAGCUUCUUCAUCCAUUCCUAAAAGGCAGGUUUGUUUAUAGGGCGUUAGAUAGUAAUUUAUGUGCCGGCUUUGAACACGAAUCACCCGAAUUGAGGGUUACUGUUCGGAUGCAGAGAUUUGAGGAUCGAGCACGGUACAUCAAAGCGACCAACGCACAAACAAAACUCUCCACCGACAGUGCCUUCGAGCGUGGCGUUACAGGGCUGGCUUACUUUUUUGUGUGUAAUUGUCAAACUAUUCGUUUGUUUUUUAUUAACAAACUUCCAUUUAUAAUAUUAAUUAUUAAUGUAGUAUUUUUAUGUUUAGAUAGGCAACCAGCAAAUGAAAAUAAAAUCUAGAGAUCUAAGGAAACAAUACAA